ACAAAUUGAGAUUUGAGUUUGAACUUUGAAAUCUUUACAGGUUAGGACAUUAGGACUCAUUUUCAUUACAAACGUUCGGGAUUCCGUAUUGUAUUCCACGAUUCUCACUAAAAUUAUAAUUAAUAUCACAACAAUUAUCCCACUUUCCACCCCUUGUUAUAUUUGUUUUGAGAUGCCCCCCAAAAAAGAAUAUUCAUCACCUAACCUUGUUCCUGGAGAGGCAUCAGAAUCCGACGAGGAUGACGUUAUUUUAAAAAUGAUGAAAAGCAAGAGUGCAAGUGUCGGAGUCAUUGUAGCAGGCGAAGCUUCUGAAUCAUCUGACGAUACUGAAACAGAAGAGGACUCAUUCAGUUCGGCGGCUGAAGUUUAUUCAAGAAGAGUUGAAGAGUCGUUCCCAAAGAGAGAGACCCCUGAGAAGAUCAAAUACAAAUCGCUACUCCAUAAAAAGCUCUGUACCAGUAACGCGUCCCUGCAACAAGAUCUGUUUAACUUUCUUCACAAGCCUCUCAUUGAUGCAGCCCGAAAAUUGAAUGACUCGAAUCAACAACUACUAGGAUCUCAGGUCCAAAUGCAACAAGCGACCAUCUCCAUGCGUCAAAUAAACUCAAAUUUAAUGAAACUGGAUAGGGCACUUGAUGCACUUCUGUCAGUGCCUUUCCCACCCGACAUUCGCAUUCCGUCAAGUUGAUGAUAAUUUUUUUCCAAAUAAAAUAACAUUUUAUUGCCAUGGAACAAUCAAGUUAUAAGCAACAUCAAAAAAAUAAUAAUUUUAUAUUUUUAAUUAUGCUAAGUUUUUAUAGAGCGGAGCGGUCUUACUCCUCUGAGUAUAUUUCAUAUUUUUAAUAAUAAUAUUUUUGUUUGAAGGUCCUAAAUCAUUAAUCCAAAAACAUUGAUUAUUAGGUCAUUGAACUCAUUAAAUCAGGCCUGUUUAACUUUAGAAUUGCCGGUGCAGUCUAAUUUUGCAGUAUUGCUUUUUAAUGGCUGAGUAAUAGUCAGGAUUUGCCUAUCUGAAGGGUUGCAAAUAAUAUUGUAGCAUGUUUAUUUAUUUACUUGGUCAGCACAAACAAUACAAUGAUCGAGAAAGAAAAAACAGGCUAUUACCUAAAACUUUUCCAAUUCCCUAAUUUAGUUUCAAAUUGUCCAAAUAUUAUACAUAGGUUAUGUCCAUUUCAAUUUCUACACCAAAUCACAAUCUGAGAAUAUAGAUUUGAAUAAAACUAACAAUUUUAAAUUUGGAUGGAUUGAUAGUAAAACUUUCGUAAAAACAUGAAACAAACAUUGUAGGUAGCUUGGAGUUUCUAUCCCUGAAACGCGUUUUUCGGUAUCUUGGAGAUUCUAACCUUCAAACGCCUUUCUUCGGUACCUUGGAGAUUCUAACCUUCAAACACGUUUCUCGUACAUGGAGUUUGAGAUGGACUUUCUAACAAGUCACUGGCAUUUAUGCCACUGUCUCACAGCCUAGUUACCGUUUGCUGAGCUGCCGUCAAUACACAGCAAUGAAAUCUACUUUGGAGGAUGUUGAAGCCUGGAAAGCAGAGAAAGACAGAAUGCGGGAGCUCGAGGUAGAAUUCCAUCAAAAGGUUGACAACCUUCAUCAGAACGGCCGUCAAUACUAGCUCUUGAUUGUACAUCAAGAACAGAUAAGAUUUAUUGUUUUUAUAUGUAUAAUAUUAGUUAUAUGUGUAUGUAAUAGGUGUUUAUAUGUAAUACGUGUAUUAUGUAUGUUUAUUUGUUGAAUAAAUUUUAAUUUAAUUUUGAAAAA